UGAUGAGCCCACAAGGAAAGGUUGAACAUUCCAACGCAUUCCACAUGAUUCGGGUAUGGGGGCCCAAGGCCUUCCCUUUCACAGAAGCAAGAGAGAAAGAAAUCUCAAAGUCUCUUCAAUGGUUUGGCAAUUUAAUCAGAGAGAUUUAUCCGACUCUACCCGACUCUAAAGAGGAUGAGUACAUUUUCUUCUAUGGAGGCAAAGACAAAGACUGGAUCAAACAAUUCAAAGAGAAAGCAACUGCUCUUGCAAAUGAUCUCAUCUUGAAGGAAGCAAAGAUUAACAUAAAGUUGUUUUGUGUGGGGAAAGACAGCAAGGGAGAAGAUGACUUUGGCAUUCUAUGGCGCUUCUGGACCGGAAUAGAAAGCCUGUUCCACACCAAGAUACACAAGCAGGCCGACUCAGCCACGCUAGAUAUCCAAAAGCUACUUUCUUACAAAAAUGAAAGUGGAUGGGCU